AUGAGCGCAUCCAUUACAUGGCGCACAGUUAUGCGUCGAAUAGAAAAUAUGGAUUUUGAGAGUAAAAUACGAAUGGUUCGAAGGUAUCCUAAACGUCGGCUCGCUAUUAUCAUUGGAGUGUGUCUUUUUAUUGUAUUCCUUUUCACACGAGGAACUUCCAACGGCUCAUCGUUUCCAAAACAACAACAGUGCUCGGAUGAAAAGCUGAAAUUAUGGGGAAAAGAGAUUAAUGAAUUUGACACUGGAAUCAAUAAUCAGAGUGUGGAGUUCGUUGGAAAUGGAUAUUUCGGUGUCGAUUCACUAGGACAGUUGAGAGUACAGGACAAAAAUCGAGUACUUGAUGUAGAUACCAACUUCUAUCCCGGACUGAAAAUCGAAAUCGACGGGCCACAGCCAAUGGAAGUCACCAAAAUGACGGAUUUCAAGAAUGGAUUGUAUAAAGUAGUUCGGUGUUUUUCAAUGGACGGCGAAUGCGCAUGUGUGACUUCUCAACUCUACGCUCAUCGUACAAGACCCAACUACUUUGUUCAAAUCGUUCAGAUUUCAAAUCCAACGAAAUCCACCGUCCGCAUCAAUCUUGCAAGGAUUAGUUCAAAUUGGUGGUCCCAUUCGAAAUCUGGCGAUUUGUCCAUCAAUCAACGACAAAUUGGUAGUGCAUCGUACGCUAUCAUCUGUACAGAUCCACCUGGCAAAGUUAUAGUAGCUCAAAAACGCGAGGAAUCUUUUCGUUUCACUUGUUCGAUUGUGUCCAAACCAACAAGCGAAGAAGCAUCUCGUGAUGCGGUGCGUCUGUUUCAAUCUGGAAAAGAUGCCAAAACUUUGGAUUCUGAGCAUUUUGAAGGAUGGACGAAGAUGCAUCUGACGGGAUUCACUGUAUCAAAUUCAAAAGCACCGAAUACAUUAAACGGAGAUAGAAUCAACGCGACCAAGUAUAUCCUUCUGAGUAACUUGCGAGCCCCUACUAUCGAGUAUGGAGCAACGUUGGAAACAGUUAAACCACUCGAAGCCCUUGCUCGAAAAAGUGAGCUGUGUUACACUGGACACUCAAACCUUCUUUUCCCAUCUCGUCUUUGGCAAGAUUGGGAUACUCCGACAAGACUUAUCGCACUGGUCAACACGUGGAUGCUGACAUUCCAAAAAAGAGGAUGUACUAAUCUUUUGAGCACUGGAGCCAUCGGUGUCUCACAAGCGUUCGUACAAUCUCUGACAGCCUCCAGUUAUCACGAUUCGCAUUUGGAAGUGGCGCUGGAUGCUCACGAUUUGCAUCGAGAGAUGAGUUUCUACGGAGUACCAGUUUAUUCAAACAUGGGUAUAGUUGGAACGAUUCGAGUGGAUAUAAAGCUAGACGAAGAAAACAGGCCGUACUUUUUGGUAACAUCUUCAAAUCAAUUGUUUGCGUGUGAUGGAGGAUGCCUAGACACUCCGGUUUCGUUAGGGAAAAUUGCAACUCAAUUACCUGUCAAGGUAACAAAACCAGUCACUUCUCUUCUCUAUAUUGCACCAUCCCGUAGACAUCUUGAACUGCUCAAGAGUGCGAUACAUGUGUCAGAAGUUGGUUCUGCUCCAGCCCACGAAGAAGAAGUGAUCGAGAUGCAUCGAUCGGGAGAGGCAACUGGAGGAUUGACAACAUUCUGGGUGUUUGUCGUUGUUGCUGUCGUUGCAUUCCAUUUGGUUGUGGCGAAAAUCGUUUGGAAUGAAUAUCGGAAAGGCGACAUGACACCUUACAAUCCGUACUUGAGGAAUCGAUAUUCUUCAUUGAGACCACAUUGA